AUGGGGCACCAGCAGCUCUACUGGAGCCACCCGAGGAAGUUCGGCCAGGGAUCCCGAUCCUGGUGGGUGGGGGCCGGGGGGGGAGCGAGGGAGGCGGGGGGGGGAAGGAGGAUUGGGGAGGGGGGAGGGAAGGAAGGAGCAACGCCGCCAUGAGGCGCCUCAGGGAGGGAAAGAGAGCGAGGCCCCCUCCUCCGGGGCUCUAAAAUUCGGGGGGGGGGGGGCCGAAAGGCAGCCAAGCCCACGGGGGGGGCUGAGGGGGCGCCUCCUCCGAGGGGAAGAGCAGGGAAUAUAGGGAGGGGGGGUCCCUCCUGCCCCCCGGCUGACCCACAGGCCUCUUCCUCCCCCCCCCAGCCGCGUGUGAGGGAGGGAGCCCCGCCGCCAUGAGGCGCCUCAGGGAGUGAAAGAGGGAGGAAAGGGCAGCCAAGCCCAUGGGGGAGGGCUGAGGGGGCGCUUCCUCCGAGGGGGGGAGUAUACGGAGUAGGGGGUCCCUCCUGCCCCCCAGCUGACCCCCAGACCUCUCUCCCCCCCCCCCCAGCCGCGUCUGCUCCAACCGCCACGGCCUGAUCCGCAAGUACGGGCUCAACAUGUGCCGCCAGUGCUUCCGCCAGUACGCCAAGGACAUCGGCUUCAUCAAGGUGAGAUGGGGGGGCAGGGAGGAUGGAGGGGCUCUGGGACGGGGGGGGCGCUUCUCUAGGGAGAGAGGCCAGCGAGGGCCAUCAGCCCUGCUCCUUGCGCUUCCCUGAGCCUAACAGGCAGGCAGAAGGGGCGAGGAGCCUGUGCUCCUUCCCAAGAGGAGAGAUGCCCCAGAGUAGAAAAAGGGGCCUCUUGGGUCCUGGCAGUCACAGGACCAGAGGAAGAAGCCACAGUUUGGGGGAACUCCAAGAGAAAGUCACACUAAAGGUCUUCGCUCUUCUCUCUUCCACUUUUCAGCUGGAUUAA